AUGAUGCCCGGCCGGACCCUGCGCAAAGCCGCGCCGCCUGCCGCUCCUGCAGGGCGAGAGGCGGCGGUGGAGUGCGCCCUGGAGCUGACCCGCAUCGGCGACAGGUGGGACCUGCGGCAGAGGCUCCUGAACCUGCUCGCCAAGAUCUUCUGCCCCGGAACUUGGGCUGCCCGCAGACACGGCGAGCGGAACGGAAGAGCACCUUGGCUUUGUGGGUUCGGAAGAAGAGGCUCCACAGACAUUGGGAGAUGAAGAAACCUCAAAUCUCGCUGCGUUGUAUUUGGGUGUCUGCAGCUGCUGGAGGAUGGCUAUCACAUGUUUUCUCUGAAGAAUGUUACAGCAAUUCUGGCAUAUGAAUGCCAGGUGGGGAAAAAAGAUAAUGAUGGGCUGAGCCCCUAAACUGUGCAUUGGUGACUUGGGGCGAGCUGGUGACCUGGGGAGAAUUGGGACAAGACUGAACUUGCCCUUCACCAUGGUCUGAGAACGCUUUCAGGAACCUGGUUUCCCCAGCCACCCUCUGGUCCUCAUGUCCCAUAGCCGCGUUUCACCAAGGAGCUCAGCCCACCUACAGGAUGAAGCAAAAAAAAAAGUGUCAGUCUGUUGGAACUUGGGAUCACAUACCACGCAGAAUAAGAAGCCAGUUGCUGACCUUUGACUGCUCCUCCGCUCUAAAGUGUGGAUCCUGCUGGACAGGGAUCUAGCGGUGUUUGUUAAAAUUUGUUAAAGACAACCACUAUCUUUAUUGCUACAGGAUGUUGUUUUGCAAACCAGAAGUUGUAAUUCUAUGAAUUAAUACAGUGUUGCAUAGUU